GUAGCCCGACGCAGUGGAUUUAACACUACUUUGCCAAAAAGCGCUAGCUAGUCACUGUUUCAUCGUUUAUUAGUCCUAGUCAGAUUCUGUGUUACUGUUUCAAACACUCCUGAAGAAAUGCGAAGAGCAUUCAGAAAUCUGAUGGAAACAGGAUAAUCGCCGGUUUGAGUUGACACAAUUUAAAGUAGGUCCACAGUUCCUGUGGCCUCAGCAGCACCAUGGUGGACAUCGCUGUGAAAAGCGGAGCAGCCUGGGUGUGUGCACCGGGAUGCCACCUAGCUGAUGUGCUGCUCCCUGUUCACAUCAGUAACAAAGACGGUGAAGAGGAGCUUAGUCGUGUAGAGGGAGGUGAGACAAAUGGCCCAGUGCUGCUGGAACAGAUGGAGGAAGGGUCUCCUUGCAUCCUGACACUCCGCUGCAGCCCCAGCUCCCCAGCUGCCAUCAGUCGCUUACUGGUCAUCAGCGGGGCUCGAACCAUAGAGGUGUAUGACCAGACGGGAGAAUACUGUGGGACAGUAAGGGGGGAGAGGGAUGACAGCAUCCAGCCAGAGCGUGAAGACAGAGGGCCUCUCUACAGGAACCAACUGAUCCUAGAGCAUCCGUUGUCAGCCUGCGAAGUGAAGCUGCUCUCCCUGGAUAGUCGAAGCAGUGUUUUGGUGUGUCGAGUUGUUGUGGGUCUUCAGUUGCACCAGCCCUCCCCGACUCGUGGCCCUGGCAUCGACAUGGAACAAGUACAGUGUCUGGUUGAGCAGAUGGGGAUGAACCUCUCGCCAGGAGCCCAGAACCUCAUGGACAUGGUCCACUUCCAACAGAAGCAGAACCAGAGCACCUCCCUUGGCGGUUUCCUCCCUCUCCUGAUGGGCAAUGGAGCUUUCUCUGCCCUGAUUAGAGACGGCAACACCUCCCCAACAGCCGUCAGCAGCCAGUCUGCAAACUCCAUGCCUCCAGGCGGCUCCGUCAGGCCCGCAGGUGAAGUUCCCCUGGCUCAGAACGGAGCAGUGUCAGACAGCUCGAGCCCCUCCUCCCCAGACACAGAAAGCAGCGAUAGCAGAGGCCCGGUGAGGCAUGCCCAGCUGGUGGAGAUGAUGUCGCACUUCCUGAAAGGGGAGGGUCAUAGCCAGGUGUUAAGCUCUAACCCUGAGCUCCUGCCCAUGCUCCAGAGCGUCUGCGGUCAGGUGACACAGCUGAGACUGGAUGAUGCUACAGCGGCAGCAGAGAAGGAGAAGAUGAGAAAUGGCACAUGGGAGCUGGACCCAGCCAUGGAGCGCCGUCUGGAGGAGAUGGAGAGGAGGCUGAAGGAGCACGUGGACCGUCGCCUGGACGCUCUGGAGCAGAGGCUGGAGAAGGCCCUGCUGAGUGUCUUCCCGGUGGUGGCCCUUAACCAGGGAGCAGCCGGCAGCUCACCGGUAGGAGCGGCAUCCACCGGACUGUCGGAGCAGACUGCACGAACACCAGCCAUGCACUGAGUUCAGGACCGCUAAAAGACUAACGUGUAACCUGGAGGCCUUGCUGCCCAUGUGUAGAAGAACAGAGAUACAGCAAUAGGAAGAAGGCUGAAAUGGGAAACAUGGGCACAAUUAAUACAAUAAUUGAUAUAAUCAAUAUAGCUGUGUUAAACCAGAAGUGUCUCCGUGGGUGGAAAACUGUCACCAACACUCAGUUCUCCAGCUGUUUAAGAUGCAGCCUCUGUAACAGUUUCUGUUGAUCUUUAUCGCUGGUUAAAAACAAGCUAGUGAAUGCAACACCACUUUACAGCUGAAUGUUGUGGGUGUACGGUAGGACUCUCAUCAGCCAGUGAACAGGAUGUCAGUGUUUCAACUAGAGAAACACAAAGGUUAUAACUACAGAGAUCCAUGGGCCAGAAACAGGAACUUAUAAACCACAGCGUUACAGCCCAGGUGCAGAGAAACACAGGAGAAGCUUUAAAUUAUUGCAGUGAAUAGAUUUUCUUAAGAAUAUUGUCAAUAGGUUUUAACCAAUACCAGCAGAACACUCGUGUAUUCGCAUUAAAAUGUGCACGUAAACACUGCAACUUCUUGGUUUCAUGAUCUAGAUGAUGGUCGAGACAUUGUCCGUCUCCUGACUAACAGUUACUCGCCGUGUUUACUGUAACAGCACUUUUGGUUCUGUUCAGUUUGGUUUGACACUUGUGUACUCCUGAUGCAGGAGUGUGACUGAUUACAAUGUACUUAUACAUGACACUGUAAUGUUUUAAGUAGUUUUCAUCUGUAACAUAAAGCUGAUCUGCCUGUGAAAACUAUAUAAUGACUGUUUUGACCUGUGAUGUGGAUGGUUUUUAUAACUACUGACAAAUAGCAAAUAAAAAGAUAUUUAUACUCUU